CACAUCGUGAUGCUCUAGAUGUACUACUUGCGCAUUGUAGGCAGACGCGCAGCGAAGACAGAAGGAAGCAACAAAACACGCCAAGGGCAUGGAGGUCUAUAUCAUGUGUGCAUAUGUAUAGUACAUAUAUAUCACACCGUACGAAUCGUUGUCCACUCGAGGCUGCAUCUUUUUGUUCUUCUGGUGACCCACGAUUGUUCGUGCACUUCUUCACUUCGCGUUCUUGUCACAUCGUAUUGACUACGAUCCGAUGAGCGACAGUGUUUGAUCUUCAUCUUCUUUUGUUCCCAUUCUACCAAAUCCCAUUUAAUACUUUCUCCGCUGGUCGGAUGAACCUGCAUUUCACACAACAAACCAGCAAAAGAAUAUCGGACAUUCUCUCAAGUCAACAAGAAAAAGAAGAAGAAAUGGCGACUCCCACGAAACCACAGCGCGGCGCCCGUCCGAGCUCACCACUCCCCGACUCCAGCAUCCUCGAAGCCGGCCUCCUGACCGAUGCAAACGACAUAACAGCACGCUCCCCCUCCAUGACCCUCGUCUACGACCAAGUGCGCGACCUCCUCCGACACUCAUUCUUUGGGAGGGUUGAAGAUUCUCCGGGUUCGGUUCCGUCUCCACCGGCGGUGCGCCGGGCAUUGAGUCGUCGGAGUAGUGACAGUAGUAGUUCGUCGGAGGCCUCGCCUGCUUUGAGAGGAUGUGGCGGUGCUUGGAAUGCUUCCAUGUCCGUGGCGGCGGCGGCGUCGGAGCAGUUGCAGGAGCAGUUGCAGCCGCGAGGGACGGGUACUCCGGAAUUUUUCGUCGUCGAUGAGAAGAAGACGCUCGAGGGUCCGAUGCUUGCUGCGACGGCGGUGACGAUGGAGAAAGCUCCCGUCGUUGUGGUGACGUCUAUUGUCCCCCCACCUCCGCCGCCACCACCUCCUCCGGCUAUGGUGUCUGGAACGUUGUUCCCUCCGCUGCGGACGGUGCAAUCCAGCAAUUAUAACUCGACUUUGUUCAACACCAGGGCAUUCCAGGCGCUGGAUCAUCCAAAUCUGAAUGACCCUUCGCUCGGCUUCUUGUCACGACAGAAGAACGGAUCCAACGACGGCGACACUCCCCCUCAGGGCGAACAGCGCCAGGGCACCGUCAGACCGAAACCAUCACCACGGAGCCAUGGAAAGCACAGAAGCGGCCGUGCGGCGAGGGAAGCCGCGCGGAGGGCUACGAACCAGACGAUUGUGAGUGUCUUUGCGGCGCUGUUCCUGAGCGGCCUAGUUGCCAUCUGUAAGUUCACAGGCUGCCUUUUGAGGGGGAGACGGUUCAAUCUCUAAACAAUUUUUUGCUGACGAGGUUUCCAUCGUCCUGCCACCAGACCUUGCAUUUUCUUUCGGAAAGCCAGCUCAGCCACAUGGUCC